UUUAGUUGCAGUCACUUCCUGCUAACAGUUGCUGAAUUUUCGCCGAGCCCUGUCUCGCAGCGAUUCGAUAGACCAGCACUUCACUUUGCAUUAUUUAAUCUACUUAUAUCUGAUUUUCGUGAGACUCGUCGCCUCUUACAGAUCAGUCCAGGAUCAAGAUAUACUGAAUGUGAAACUAUCUUAAGCGCGCUCUCGAGCUCAGGGGUGAACUCACAACAGAAGUGAAAGUAUGAUGUUCUCGGAGAUCCUUGAGUUAAAUGUAACUUCACAAUAUAAAUGAAGAGAUAUAUAAACGGUGUGUGGUGACAACACUCUACACGUCGUUUAUAUAGCUUCUAGAGCGCAUGAUGGAAAUUAGCAUUAAUUAUAAGAUGAUUGCUUCUAAAUGAACCACGUCAUCUGGUUUUGGAAGUUGAACGUGCACAUCUGGUGUUAAAAACAGUAAUUCACUGUUGUCAACAUGGACUUAUGGGUAACUGGAAAUCUCAGAAGAUGGUGGUUGUUUUAUUUCCUGCCUGUGUUUCUUUUAACAAGUGAAGUGUCUCUGAAGGAGACUGUUGAGGGUUUUAUUGGAGGUUCUGCUGUUUUACCUUGUUCUUCUAAAGAACCACCGCUUACAGUUCAAGAUGUAGAAGUGCUCUGGAGACACAGAGGCCAUAAUGUGUAUAGCAUUAUUAAUGGUCAAGUCUCUGUGGAAGGACAGGAUCCAGAGUACAAGAACAGAACUGAAAGCUUCCCCGAGGAGUAUCUGAGCGGAAACUUCUCCAUCAAACUCAACAACCUUCAACACACUGAUGCAGGAAGUUACAAGUGUUACAUCUCAGAGAAAUCAGUAAUCAAGAACCAAAAAAAAGUUGAACUUUUGACUAAAGAGAGUAAAGCAAUACAAAUCCCCAAUAAAGGAACCAAACCAAGACCAGAUGUGAUCAUAAUGAUCAUUUAUGUUCUGUGCCUUUGCAUUAUUUUUCAAUUGACUAAUUCUGUCACAGUGUGUUUUUAAGGAGUUUUAGUCAUCGCUCACUACUACUCGACGUCAUCUGCACAGCUUCCUGGGAAUGUCUGUAUGGUCCUGUAUAUAUUAAUUUGUUGUUGUUUGCAUCCUCAUUAAAUCUACUGAACCCAUCAAAACUUUUCCUUAGUCAUGCAGAUGCCAGCAAGCAUUGACAAGUCAAAUCUCUCUAUUAUAGAGGACCUUCUGUGGUGGAGGAAGAAGCCAAUCAUGAGUUCUGGUUCUUGUGUUACAGUAUUUUGAGAUAUACAAUAUAUAUACAAAAGACUGUGAACAUGUUUUAAUGCAAACCAGUCCCAGGCCUCAUGGGAUGUGAUGUGGAAAGUAAAAAAAAAAGUAUUUUAUUGCCAUUGCUAGGACACAUUUCUCAAUACUUUGAGGCACUUUCUCAAAACUCUCCACACAGUUCUCAGAAGCAACAAUACAUUUCAGUUUGGCACAGCUGCUAUUUUCACUCACAUGCAGUAAAAACCUUUAUACUUCUUUUCUCAAAUUAAAUCAUUCUUCCAUAACACUAACAAUGCAUGUGACGGAGAAGUGCUCUCUAAUUUUACUGUAUACCUUUUUUUUUAUUCAUGGUGUUAUACAUUUUUUCAAAUGUAUAUUGGGUUUGCAAUUUUAUAUUUCCUGUUUUGAGCAGAGUGGGCGUGGCCUUUCUCAAGCACCCCUGUAGAGGGAGCACUUAUGCUUCACUAUAUGGAGCUGCUUGUGUACAUAUGUUUGGUUGUUGCACUACUCACAGAAAAUGUUAAAACAUUCAGUUUACUUGCGUCUCAAAAACAAAAACUUCUGUUUUGUGUAGCACUUUGCUAAAGAGUGACAAAGAUGUGUGCCUUAUUAUCCAUUGUAUGUUACUUACAAUUGAAAUACCUACUGUUGUUAAAUAACAAUUAUGAAAAAUCUGAAAUUAAAAAAAAACAAAUAAAUACAGGUAUGAAAUGAC